CUAGACAAACAUGUAUAUUUAUCUACAAUAUAUCUACUAGACAAACAUGUAUAUUUAUCUACAAUGUAUCUACUAGACAAACAUGUAUAUUUAUCUACAAUAUAUGCAAUUGAUACAUUGUUCCUCUGUAUUCUCUACUGUAUAUAAUCUACCAGGGAUACUCGUUAAUUUGGCAGAAGUCUCACAGCCAGACUUUAGCUCAGCCAAUACUAACAAAAACUCAAGGUUGCAAAAAGAGGUUUUAAUUAGUAACGUUUCUUCAUCCCAGAUGGUUCUGUCGUUAGGAUGGACCUCCAAUCUUAGGUCUAGUGUGUUGUCUGUGAGAGUGUUGGAUCUAGUUUCUCCUCCCUGGAUACUCUUCCAGACCCUCAUCAUUAUCCUCUCAUCUCAUCAGUCCAGUAUGGCGUAUAAUGAGAGAUAUCUAUCCAAACUGUUAUCCAACAGAACCCUGGUAGAAGACGGUAUGUCCCUAAACGGAACAAGUUUGUUUGAACUUCGUUAUGAUGAAAGUCAGCACACAGUCAGGUGUAUAUUAAAUAUUGAGAACUGGACUACUUGGGUUCUAUCUGAUCCAUUGGUUCGCAGUCACUGUGGUUAUGUUAGUGAUAUGUACCCUGCCCCUGCAGUUUACCCAGCAACAAGGGAGGUCAUGGAAGCAUAUAAAACUUACGGUACUGCAACUGGAACUUGUGGAACAAUAUCCUGGCAGAUUGAAGGACUUAAACUUAGAUUAAUUGUAAUGUGGAGCGUGCCUUUUAACCUGGCGGUACACUCUAGUUACCUAGCUCUAGGGAUGGUUUAUAACGAGGGAAGGUUCAGCUCAUCAGACUACUGGUUCAAUCAGAUGUACUAUGGUAAACAUGGACCCUUUAAACGGACUGAAGCUGGCCAGGCAAUGACGUUUGAAAACGAUAAGAUAAUAGUCCAUGGUUUUAUGGAGUCGGAUACCUACUCUCCCCUCCUUAAUAUCAGCGUGAUACCCCAGACUAGUUACAGACUAGCUCCAGCUAUUUGGAGCAAACUAUACGAUUAUCCCAACAUAUACUCCAGCUCUAGCUCCCCCAAUAGAACUAUUAAUCUAGCACUGCUCUGCCUAGUUCUAGCUCUAGCAGUGAGAUGAUAAACUAUCUGAAGCUAGAUGAUUAUGCUCAAACUAUCACGUGUUCAAAUAUUCAAUUAUCUAGGAGAGCCUAGAGAGCCUAGACCUAUGUUUGUUAUCUACGAACCAACUGCCAAGUAUAAGAUAGGAGGAAUAUUGCCAACUUGUGAAUUUGUGAUAUUUCUUCAAGUUCAAGUGAUAGAAUUAUUAUUAAAAUAAAACCAGCGGUACACCAAACCAAACCAAAUAAUCCUAUAGAACAUUGUUUGCAAGGGAACACUAAAUAUAAGAAAAUUAUGCUCAACCAUGUAAAAAUAUUGAACCCCUAAAAAAGAUUUUUCUUCCAGAUUUUCUGCCCUAAAACUCUGUAUUUACAUAUUGUUAUAUGUUCAUGAGAUGAUUUAAUUCUGACAUUGAAACUAUGCAACAUAAACUGCAUGCACAAGUUGCAUGUGAAGCCAUGCACAUGCCUUGAACAAUGUACUAUUUCACUCAUUAAAAUUUACAAAUUUGAACAAAUGCUAAACUAGAAUUUAUCCACAUUUUUUCCCGAGCAAACAUUUUUUAAGGAAAAUAUUCAUUAAUAUCUGUGAAAAGUGUUCACAUCCAAAGAUUAUAUUGAACGAUAUAACGCUGAAAACCAGAAACUUUCUGAGUUUUAUUAAAUAUUGGACCGCCAAGAUGACCAAAUUAAUAUUAUUAGAUAUAAGAUAUAUAUUACUAACAUUCUGAACAGUUGUCCACCUGUAUUUUUUUCAUCUUACUAGUUCGAUAAAAUAGGAGCAUCUCUAACAAUUCGACUGAGUUUAAAGUAGAAUUAGAUUUUCUCUUCUUACUAAACUGUUAAUCUUAAUCUAUUAAAUUCUAUCAUUCUUCUUACUUCAGAAGAAUUUUUAUAAUCUAUACAGUGUACAUAUACUGUAGAUAUGUCUAUCUAUCUAUCCAUCUUUUAUUCUUUCCAUAGUUCAAGUUAUCAAUUUUAAAUAUUUUUCUAAAUGCACUAAAAUCAGCUUUAAACAAUGUAGGGUUUGGCUUGAUUGAAAGUAAUAUUUUGAAAUCAUGCCUAUUUACGAAACAGGGCUGGUUUUCAUUGAUGAUUCCAGUUAAGCGAUUUGUUAAAUUUUUAUCUAAAAAUAACAUUGUCAAGUUGUUCAUGUUUUGAACUAGGUUGGGAAACUAGAAC